UGUAGUUUCGCAAAGCGCUUGACCCAAGGUCGCUUCUCCACAACUCCUGCGCAUCACUCUGCACACAUUUAGUAUAUGUCCAAGCUCAGUGCGAACGUGUUAUUGUCACAGUGGAAAUGAAGGUUUUUGUGGUUUUGGCGUACAUUUGCGCCGUUGGAUACGGACAAUUUGGAAAUACCCAGUACCAGUCUUCUUUUGGUCAGAAUUAUCGAGGGCAGAACACUUUCCAACAGGCAGCCAGGCCUCAGAGCCAGAAUACGUUUGUCAACCAGAACCAGAGGAGCCAAUACCAACAGAAUCAGUACCAACAAGCCCAGCCCCAGUUCCAACAGCCAUCAGCACCGAGAUCUCAAAACCUCGGAUCCUGUAAAGACAAUGAAAGGAGCCCAAUCUCUGGCAGCUGUGACAGAUAUAUCGAGUGUGUUAAUGGAACAUCGGAGGAGAGGAGCUGUCCAGACGGCCUGUUGUUCAACCCCAAUGCGAGCGGUUAUCCCUGCCAAUACCCCAACGAAGUUGCUUGCCUCGAGCGCUCUUCUCUACAGCCCGCGCAGCCCACCGACGACUGCCCCCACCAGUUCGGCUUCUACAAGCUGGGGGACGCACGCAACUGCAGCUACUUCAGGAACUGCGUGAACGGCGUCGGCUACGACUUCUCGUGCCCCGAGGGCCUGGCCUUCAGCCCCGAGACCUACCGCUGCGAGUGGCCUGACCAAGUGGCUGACUGCGAUGCUGAAGCAUUCCUUGGUUUCCGGUGCCCGGAAGUGCCCGUGUCUAGAGAGCUUGGCCCACCCGCCGGAUUCAGAUAUUAUAGAGCCGACAACAAUUGCCAGAAGUACUUCCUCUGUAUAGACGGACGUCCGCGUGUUUUGUCCUGCGGCGGUGACUCUGCCUUCGACGACCUGACGUCCACCUGCGUCUCCGCAGACGAGGUGGCCGCCUGUCCUGCAGAACUCAGGGACGCAGCCGCCAGAUCCAGGGCAGAAGAAAAGCAGCGGUUGGCGAAAGAAAUUGAUUUUUAUUCAAAACCUCAACAGCAUAAGAGGAGGUUUUAGAUAUGUGCUGGAAUAAAUAGUUAUCGAAUAAUUAUUUGACUAUUUUACUGUAUUUGUUUACUUAAAGGGGGAUUUGCAAAACGACAAGCGACUAACAUUAAAAUAACUAAUAAUUUAAUUGGACACUAAAUAAUUAUCGUUGCAAGAAAAUUGUCAAAUUACCUAUAUGAUUUCGUUUUCUACGUAAAACUGUUUUUUUUAUGAUUUAUUUUAAAAAAAUAAUAUACACACAUCGUAGGUAUUUAAGUGUUUUAUGGGAAAUUGUACAGUCAACGGCAUGUAGAAUUAUUGUGUUUGGAUCACCAUGUACCGGUAACAACGCCUAUUUGGCCCUUUUGCGUUUGAAUGUUUAAUUCUUACAAAAAUCAAUGCGACAUAGGCACCUAUAUAUAAGUAUGUAGAAAUCUAGUCCAUCAAUGUAUAAUUUGAACAGUGUAAAUAAAUUAUCUCUUUUUAUAAUAAAAUUGUGAAAAUA